AUGGCAGGCUGCCACGGCAUCACGAGUACGCCGCCGGGGUCGGGCGCCUGCGGCCCCUGCCUGCCGCCCUUCCAGGAGGACAACCAUGGACGAUGUGUCCCGAAGCAGCUCUCACCCAGCGGGCGGACAUCCGUUCCCAGCUUGGAAGAAGAAAUCGAUCUCCUGGCAGACGUGCUGGCCAGGCAAGAGGCUCCUCGCCCCCACCCGCUGCGGGAUGGCAAGCCCAGGAGGCUGAUCGUGGUGUGCACAGUGGCCGGGAUCUCGGCACUGAUCGUGGCUGCGGUCUGCUGGUGCAGGCUGCAGAAGGAGGUCAGGCUGGCACAGAAAGCAGACUACUCGGCACAGCGAGCGGCCAGCCCCCUGCCCUACGACAAGAUCUCGCCCGGGGACAAGACGCUGGCUCAGAGCGUCCAGAUGUACCACUACCAGCACCAAAAGCAGCAGAUGCUCUCCAUGGAGAAGCAUAAAGAGGAGCCCAAGCUGCCGGACUCGGCAUCGUCUGACGAGGAGAAUGAGGAUGGAGACUUCACCGUGUACGAGUGCCCUGGGCUGGCUCCGACCGGAGAAAUGGAAGUGAGGAACCCGCUGUUUGAUGACUCCUCCUUACACCCCUCGAACCCCAAGUCGCACCAGUAACACCCCUCCUCUCCUCCGCCCGAGCUCGCUACGGAC